UCUAAUUAUUUGUCGAACGCGAGUCUUAUGUGUUCGAGACCACCUCCCGUGAAAGAAAGUAGAGCCGAGACCACCUCUGUUCCCUACUCUUCGCCGCUCCAUGGCGAUUUAUCGGAUACCCAAGAGUAAGCAGAGGCCCAGAUCCCCCAUUCUUCUGCUUGCGAUCUGCGCCGUAGCCCUUGUUCUCUUCUUUGUCCUCUUCUCGUCCUCGAUCCCCACCUUAGGGCUUUCCUUCUACUCUCCCGGUGCGUCGGAUGCGGCGGAGAGGGAGAGCACGAAUGGGCUGGAGAGGAAGUAUUUAUACUGGGGGAGCCGGAUCGACUGCCCCGGGAAGCAUUGUGACUCGUGCGCCGGCUUGGGACAUCAGGAGUCCAGCCUCAGAUGCGCCCUCGAAGAGGCCCUCUUCCUUCAAAGAGUUUUCGUGAUGCCUUCAAGGAUGUGCAUUAACCCGACACAUAAUAAGAAGGGGAUACUCCACCACUCUAGCAAUGAAAGUUCAGAGGACAGAUGGGCAGCAAAUUCUUGUCAGAUGGACUCUUUGUAUGACUUGGAUCUCAUUUCAAACACAAUACCAGUUAUUAUGGACAAUUCAAAGAUGUGGCACAGGAUACUGUCAACAAGCAUGAAGUUAGGUGUGAGGGGGCUGGCCCAUGUUCAUGGAGUAAGCAGGGUUGAUCUCAGAGAAAAUAGUCUUUACUCAAAUGCCUUGCUAAUAAACCGCACUGCUAGUCCUCUUUCAUGGUUUAUGGAGUGCAAGGCUCGAACCAAUCGCAGCUCUGUUAUGCUGCCAUAUUCAUUUCUCCCAGUGAUGGCAGCCAGAAAAUUAAGAGAUGCAGCAGAUAUGAUUAAAGGGCUACUUGGUGACUAUGAUGCUAUUCAUGUGCGCCGAGGGGAUAAGAUAAAGACCAGAAAAGACAGACAUGGAGUGGAGCGAAGCCUUCAUCCACAUCUUGACAGAGACACUCGCCCUGAAUUUAUUCAACAGAGAAUUGCAGAAUGGAUUCCACCAGGACACACUCUCUUCAUUGCUUCAAAUGAGAGAUUACCUGAUACAAGUUGGCAUACUCAUCAAACUUUAGUAGCAUUUUGGACCCUGUGAUCCAGAAUAAUUAUCAGUUGUUUAUGGUAGAAAGGUUGAUUUUGGUGGGUGCAAAAACCUUUGUCAAGACAUUUAAGGAAGAUGAGAAUGAUCUUAGCCUUACAGAUGAUCCCAAGAAGAAUACCAAGAACUGGCAAAUUCCCGUUUAUACAAUGGAUGGUAAGGGAAGCUAAAGUUUCAGCACAAGAUGGUUUAUUUCCAAUUCUUUUUCUACUGUGGAAAAGCAAUUUAUCAAAAGGCCUUCUAACUCAUACACUUCACAUUGCAAACCAGUGAAAGGUACACAUGGUUGAGCUUGUCUGGAAGAAGCUAUAUAUAUAUAUAUAUAUAUUUGUCUGAUGGACUAGAAAAGAAAAAAGAAGAGUUAGAAAAGCAAUUGGAGUGGUUUGUGGCCGAUGGGGCUAUUAUGAUUGAAUCAGGGCAUGGGAGAGUAUGCGAGGCAGAUUUGUUCUAUAAUACUGUAUUAGUGAUAUAUUGAAAAUGAGGAUCGUGGUGUGCUUUUGUGUUUACAGAAUCACAUUCCUCCCGUUUUUAGAUGCAUUGUUGAAUGUGCUUGAUUCUUCCUCAGCAACAAAUUUAGCAUGUGCAUUUCAUGGUGCAGAUACAAUAAAAUGCUUCUUGAAAUCAAGAAUAUCUCAACUUAGGUUUUA